AGCAUGCCGAAGCAGCGGAAGCUUUCGAUAAGAAUCUAUUCGUCACUUUUAUCACAUUUGUGGUUGAUAGCCUUAAUGAAUUUGUGCGUAUUUAUGUGGCUUUUGGUCGUUGUCUUGUCGUGAGAGUUAGGCAGACUUGAAGUCAGAAACUAUUGGCUCGUUAGCUCACAAUCGAGGCAAAAGCAAGAGCCAAACAUUGCAGUUGGUAACACGUGGAUGGAUCCAUCAUGAUUUGACUUAGGAUGCAGCGAUCUAUCCAGAUGAGAUGAUGCUGCUUGUGACGUUGAAAGUGAUCCGCUGUUCCGUGCACAAGUCCAUCAUCUCCACAAAAGGGAUAUGGUCCCGCUCCCUCUGCUCCACAAAGCCCCGCUCAGUGCAGGGCGAGGACACAGGAGAGACCCGUCUGAACCCCCUUAACAUCCAGAUGCUCUCAAAAAAUCUCCACGAGCAGAUCUUUCGAGGCCCGGUGCCCGAGUACAGAGAAGAAGAUGUGGAACACGCUAUAAAGCACUUGCAGAAGCAUCAGCUGUGGGGGAAAGAAACGGCACUGUUACAGGACAUAGAGCUGAAGCUUCCCAAAAUGUACGGGGACAAUAUUGAUGAGCACUUCCGUGUUUUGGCCCAGAAGCAGAGUCUUCCUUACCUGGAAGCGGCGGCGGAGCUGCAGCAAGCAGAGCUUCCUCCCAUGCCUCAGGAGUGGGCAUGGCAGGUCGGCUGGACACGUUAUGGGUCCGAUGGGGAGAGUCAAAGGGUUGACUUCCCAGACGAGACAGCACUUGUGUUUGAUGUAGAGGUGUGCAUGGCAGAGGGACGGUGUCCAACUUUGGCAGUUGCUUUAUCGCCAACACAUUGGUACUCUUGGUGCAGCAAGCGUCUGAUCGAAGAGCGCUACUCCUGGUCAAACGAGCUCAUCCUCGCUGACCUCAUCCCAUUGGAGACAGCAAUGAAUACUGUCCGUCCACCAGGGGGUCAGUGGAAGGAACGGCUCAUUGUGGGCCACAAUGUCAGUUUCGACCGAUCUCACAUUAAGGAGCAAUACUUACUGAAGGGGUCUAAGGUGCGCUUCAUGGACACGAUGAGUCUUCACAUGGCUAUCUCGGGCCUGACGGGCUUCCAGCGCACACUAUGGAUGGCCAACAAGUUGGGCAAGAAGGUGGGCCUACAAGAGGUCAGCCAGCACAUGAAGAAAAUGGGACAGAAAAGAGACAGUCCCAAGAUUGGAUUCUGGGACUGGGUGAAUAUUGGCAGCAUCAACAAUUUAGCUGAUGUCCAUGCCCUGUAUGUGGGAGGGCCACCAUUACAGAAAGAGAUACGAGAGACCUUUGUAAAGGGCUCGAUGAUGGAUGUCAGGAACAACUUCCAGGAGUUAAUGCGGUACUGCGCCUCAGAUGUGCAGGCCACCCAUCAAAUAUUCAUUGAACAGCUGCCCCUCUUCAUGGAGAGAUGUCCCCAUCCAGUAACAUUUGCCGGAAUGCUGGAGAUGGGUGUGAGCUACCUUCCUGUCAAUCAGAACUGGGGGCGAUACCUGGAGGAUUCCCAGGACGUUUACGAAGAGCUCCAGAGGGAAAUGAAGAAAUCUCUCAUGACUCUAGCCGAUGAUGCAUGCCAACUUCUGGAGGACGAGGGAUUCAGAAAUGAUCCUUGGCUUUGGGACCUUGAGUGGGAUGUGCAGGAAUUCAAGCUGAAAAAGCUGCCAGCCAGCAAAAAGAAGUCAUCUGAAAAAGCAGUUGAAUCCCAAACUGCUGCUCCUCUUGCAGACUGGAUGGAAGAUACAGGGCCACCAUCUGAAGAGGACACUGCAGCGGGUCCUUGUCCCAGCAGGCUAGCUGUGGAUAAACUCAAGAAAACAGUGACUCGACUUCCUAAGAGAAAGCAACACCUGCCUGGACAUCCUGGGUGGUAUCGUAAGCUGUGUGAAAAGAUGUCUGCAGACAGCUGGUCUCCUGGAGCAAACCUCAUUAGUCUUCAGAUGAGAGUGACCCCCAAACUGAUGGGUCUGACAUGGGACGGAUUUCCCUUACAUUACACAGAGAAGCAUGGCUGGGGGUAUCUGGUUCCGGGACGUAGGGAUAACCUGGACUCCCUGGAGGAAAUCAUCGGGCCAGCCGUUUGCCCUCACAGAGAGAUUGAGCAUGUUUACAGAGAGUAUUGUGAUGAGAACUGCAAGGGGGAGCCUGAGUUUGGGGACUGUGCACCAUCCGAUGACCUUAUGUGGACUGACAGCGCUGUUUGGGCAAAGGUGGAGGAGUACGGAUCACUGGAGAAAUUAACAGAGGAACAAGGAGUGAAAGCGCUGACAAACGUGAAGCCACAACCUACCCGCAAGUCCCACCCUGUCCUAGAGGACAGUCACUGCCACUAUCACCAAGGAAUCGGCCCCUACAACGAAAUAAACAUACCUGGGUGUUGGUUUUUUAAACUACCACAUAAGGAUGGUAAUCAGAAUAACGUUGGCAGUCCUUUUUCAAAAGACUUCCUUCCUAAGAUGGAGGAUGCUCUCAGAGCGGGAAGGAGUGGAACGAAUGCCACACGUGCCUUAGAGAUCAACAAAAUGAUGUCCUUCUGGAGGAACGCUCAUAAACGCAUAAGCUCCCAGAUGGUUCUAUGGCUACGGAAAGGAGAGCUUCCUCGUGUGGUGAGCAGGCACAAAGACUUUGAUGAAGAGGGGCAGUACGGUGCGAUAUUACCUCAGGUGGUCACUGCUGGAACUGUCACACGAAGGGCUGUGGAGCCAACGUGGCUGACUGCCAGUAAUGCACGCCGGGACAGAGUGGGCAGUGAGCUUAAGGCGAUGGUGCAAGCACCACCAGGUUACCACCUUGUUGGAGCCGACGUGGACUCUCAAGAGUUGUGGAUUGCGGCUGUGCUCGGAGAGGCCCACUUUGCAGGCGUACAUGGUUGUACGGCGUUUGGCUGGAUGACACUUCAAGGGAAGAAGAGCCAGGCCACCGACUUGCACAGCCGUACCGCUGACGCCGUGGGCAUCAGCAGGGAGCACGCCAAGGUGUUCAACUAUGGCCGCAUCUACGGUGCCGGGCAGCCCUUUGCCGAAAGGCUGCUGAUGCAGUUCAAUCAUCGCCUCAGUCAGACAGAUGCGGCCAAUAAGGCCAGACAGAUGUAUGCUUUGACAAAGGGAUUACGCAGAUAUGAACUAUCAGACGAAGGUGAGUGGCUUGUCACUGAGCUGGGAAUUGAGGUGGAAAGGGAGGACGAUGGCAGCGUUUCCCUCCAAGAGUUGCGGAAGAUCAGUCGACUGGCUUCACAGAGCUCUCGGCGGAGGAAAUGGGAUUUAGUUAGCAAACGAAUAUGGUUUGGGGGUACAGAGUCAGACAUGUUCAACAAACUGGAGAGCAUUGCGCAUUCAGACCAACCAGCGACACCUGUUCUGGGCUGCAGGAUAAGCAGAGCUCUGGAGCCCAAAGCAGUGAAGGAUGAGUUCAUUACUAGCAGAGUGAACUGGGUGGUCCAGAGCUCUGCAGUGGAUUACCUUCAUCUGAUGCUGGUGGCGAUGAGGUGGCUCUUCGAGGAGCACGACAUCGACGGCCGCUUCUGCAUCAGCAUCCAUGACGAGGUGCGCUACCUCGUCCGCAGCGAAGAUCGAUACCGAGCGGCACUGGCAUUGCAGAUCACCAACCUUCUUACCAGGAGUAUGUUUGCACACGCUUUAGGCAUGCGGGACCUUCCACAGUCUGUGGCUUUCUUCAGUGCGGUUGACAUCGACACGUGUCUGAGGAAAGAGGUGACGAUGGAUUGUGUGACCCCCUCCAACCCUACGGGUGUGGAAAGAAAAUAUGGCCUUCCUCCUGGUGAAGCCUUGGACAUCUACCAAAUAGUUGACAUCACCAAAGGCUCCCUUAAUAAAGGAAGAUAACAGUUUAUGGACCAGGUGAAGGACUCUCGUAACAUGAACGCAAAAUGGAGAGAUGCCUGGAAGCUCAUCAGCUUAGUGAUGCGUGUAACCAAUUGGAGCGGCUUAUUGUUUUCGCUUCUUUUUCCGUUUGGGUUCUUGAGUCUCUUCUACAUCUUGUGACUCACCCUAAGGAACACAAACGGAUACAAAUGGUGAAAGCAGGCCGGGACAGAUUUACCCCCCCCCCCCCUUUGUGUGGAGAUGACGCUUACUUCCACAGUGUCGUCUUGUUCUUGUAGGGCUGCAUCCAGAGUGGCAGCAUUGAUGCGGAAAUCUCUCGAGGUGCUCAGUUUCAUGUAUUGCAUCAGAUUUACCUGGACAGUGCCAAUUGUUGAAAAGAUUUUGUUUUGUUGCACACUUCCCCCCCCCCCCCCCCCCCCCCCAACAUUCACACAUACCUUUGACUUCUUUGAGAGUGUGAUCAUGUAUUUCUCAUACUCUUCAAUGCUGAAGAUCAAGUUUGGUAUGGCCUUGGUCUGACGCAGAAGUUUUGCCUACCCAGAAAACAACAUGGGUGUAUUCAUGUCAUGCUUUCGUUUCAAAUGUAUAUUGUACAGUUUAUAGACAUUUAUUUUUAACAAAAAUUAUAAUGUAUUAUCA